GCUGUGUCUAUCAGAGUUUCUUCAGAUGAACACCAAUACAGUGAUCUGCUGGCUCAUUUGUUUCUUCUGUGGGUGAGUAAAACCUUAAAAUAAAACAAAGAUCUAUCAGCUGUUUAUCACAGUCAAAAACAUGAACAGACAUGUUUAUUUUGGUGGUUGUGGCAUCUUACUCUGACUGUGAUAAUAACAGUCGCAGUCUCAAUCAGCCCCACUGUCACACAGAGCAAGUUUCCUGUUUUUCUUUUCUUUUCGCUCUGCUCUUUUCUUCAAGUUUAUGCCUGUACUUGAUUUCUGUUCUUUCCUUUGUAAUAGAUAAGGUCAAGAGAACUGUAGCAUAGCGUAAUUUUAUCUUUUCUUAUAUUUUCCAGGGAAUGAUAUUGAAUGAUAUUGAUUAUUUCACACAGAAGCACCAUGGAGAACUGGUUUAGUAAGAAAUACCUUGAAAAUGAUGUUAAAGAGGCUCUGCUGAACAAAGGCCUCAGCUGUUGAAAGGGUUAAAGAGAAUUUACACAAGGAGGAAAAUAUUCUUCUGAAUAUCGCUGUCACCGGGGAGAGUGGAUCUGGUAAAUCCACAUUUGUUAACGCCAUCAGAGGCCUGACAGAUACUGAUGAAGGAGCUGCUCCCACUGGAGUUGUGGAAACCACCAUGGAGGUUCAAGCCUACCAGCAUCCAAGCUUUCCUAGUGUGACAUUUUGGGAUCUACCUGGUAUCGGCACCAUGAGUUAUCCUGCUGACAAGUACCUGAAGCUAGUUGGAUUUGAGAGGUUUGACUUCUUCAUCAUCAUCUCAGCUGAUCGCUUCAAAGAAAAUGACGUGAAGCUGGCGAGGGAGAUCCAAAGAAUGGGGAAGAAGUUCUACUUUGUCCGCUCAAAGAUCGACAAUAACAUCCGUGAUGGGGAAAGACAGAAGCUUGAUGCAGAGAAGACUCUCAUACUGAUCAAGGAAAACUGCAUUCAUGGUAAUUAUCCGUAGAUACUGUAAACAGUAAAUUGACAAUAAUAUGUGCCUUAAAACAAAUUAAUUUGAAGUAGUGAGUCAGGUGUAAGAUGGUGGACAGGCCGACUGGGUGUGGUAAGUGGUAAGUGGUAAGUGGAGCAGAAAAACUGCAAACAUAGAGGGGCUGAGAGACCACAUGACUAGCAGACAAAGAAGGAGGCCAAUAUCUAUCAUGGAUGUAAAAGCCUUUAGAGUCUUUAUAUUUAUUCCUGGCAGUUCUCUGUUUUGAUUACACAACAAGUAUAAAUAAUCUAGGGAGUUGAAAUCAUUUGUUGGCAUAUUGUUAUCCUACAUUUUCCCCUUUUUCUUGUCUUUGUGACCCAGGUCUUCAGAAACUUGGUUUCCAGUCUCCUCUGGUCUUUCUGGUGUCCAGUGUUGACCUCCACCUCUAUGAUUUCUCUCUGCUGGUGGAAACUCUGGAGCAAGAACUUCCUGACCUCAAGAAGGAAGCCUUUCUGUUAGCCAUGCCCAACACCAGCCUGGAGAUGAUCCACAAAAAAGAGAAAGCAUUUUACUCCAAAAUCAAAUACUUUGCUGCUCUGUCUGCAGCUGUAGCAGCUGUCCCAGUUCCUGGUCUUUCUAUUGCUGUUGACAUAGCCUUGCUGGUCAGUCUUUUCACUCGAUAUGUGUUUGGGUUUGGUCUUGACAUCUCCUCGCUAAAAAGAUUAGCCAACUACAGAGAUGUCCCUUAUGAAGAACUGAAAAAAAUCGUCAUCUCACCGCUGGCAGCAGCAAAGAUUACUUCUGAGCUUGUCCUAAAGGUUGUGAAACAGUCUGCCAGCACAGCUGCACUUUUAGCUGCAGAGGAAGGGGCCAGAUUCAUUCCUGUAUUUGGAAUCCCAGCAGCCAUGAUCCUCUCUUUUACCACAACCUACAGCGCCCUCAGCUCCAUCCUGGACAUUCUGGCUAAAGAUGCGGAGAGGGUGUUUGAAAGGGUCAAACCUUAGUGCAGUGGGCUGAGUAAAUCAUCGUAAACAUGAUUAAACACGCUUUUCCCCUCAAUUUUCCAUUAGGCAGAGAUAAAUAAAGCAUGGUCUCAUAAUUAAUUUUGCUGGCAUAGGGGUGUUAUUUAAAACAUGUUCCAGUGUAAACCAAGUGGCUGACAGUGUCACGGCCUGGGGAAGAUAAUUGGUCAGGGGCUGCAGCUGUGCAACAGUAGGCACUAUGUUCAACACCUGCUUAUUUUCCUCUUUCAAACAGGCAAAAAACUGAACUCUGUAGAGCUUAGUAUACUAGUACCCCUGCCUCAGCAAUCAUGAAGUCUGAAGCCAAAAACAUACAGGAUCUGUGUUGAAGGGAUAUUCCGGUGUAAAAUUAACCAUCUCAUGAAGAGUGAGGAGACAGCAAGAAGGUGAAGAGAAAUCAGUCACGACCGAAUACCUGAGGCAAAGGAGGACACAAUGGUCAAUGUAUGUAAUUAUCCAGGUUGUGGAAAGAAGCAAAAUAAGUAUAACUUGAACUCAUUUCACAGAUUGCCGUUUAGAUACGGCCGGCCUAUAAUGAACCAGUGGCUUGUUGUUUUGAACAUAGAUGUCAAUACGCCAACUGAGACGCUAAGACAGAACAACUACCACAUCUGCAGUGCACAUUUCAACAACAUGAUUUUGUGUCAUCUAUAGCUGCCGACCCAAAGAACCCAUCCAAGUCAGGGCUCCCCCCACAAACAAGCGGCUGCUGGAAGAGAGUGGGUGAGUUGUGUUUGGUAUCUUUGCUAAAGAAAUCAGGUAAUGCUAAAAAGAUGUUUGAUGGCUAGUACUAUGGCUGGGACCCUAUAUGUACUGUUGAUGAAGUUAGGUGCUGUUCUGAGGAUUAUUUGUGGCUAUAGAGUGGCUUUUAGGUUGAGGUUUACAUGUGGAGCCACAGACCGCUGUGUAUUGCUAUCGUGUGGUCGUCACUAAGGUUGGUAUAACCAGAGAAGCAAGCAGUCAGCAACAUUCAUCUCUCGAGGGGUGUCUAACUUGGUGUUACAGUGUGUUUGACUCUAACUUAAUUUUACACGUUCCGCUCAGUUGAGCAGCACUGUCUAUCGCCCACAGGAUGUGUAUUUGGAGCAUGGCAGCAGCGUAGUGCAGCCUUGAUCAGCUGGGCUUAGUGUAGAGGAAACAACAUGCUCACAACAGCUUGAUUUUCCUUUCUGUGGUCUAUUUGCUGCUAAUUUGGAUAUAUUUCAGUGACUGUUGAGCGUCUACUAUAUAUGAAAAAGUAACGUGAUUUUACAGUUUCGGUUUUCGCAGGUUUACUUGUGUUUAAUAAUGUAAAUUAUGUUCCUUUAUGCUGUGCUGUUUCCUUCAGACAGAGUUACCAGUUAAAAGUCCUGUUGGGGUCCACAUGAAUCAGGGAUUGACCAUCGCAUUGUUCUGUGUUACUGAUAAAUCCAUAACCAGGAAGUAUUUCUCAUUUACACAAACUGAUACACAGUCAGGAGUCCCCAUAUGGUUUUUUACUUGAAAUUUACUGGAAGACAUGCUCAGUUGUCAUGCUUGACAUCCUGUCUAGAACGAUCUUCCCUGUGUAGAUUGAAGUGUGUUGGAGGCGUAGAGCAGAGAAAAUAGACUUGGCGCGUAUCUUUAGCAGAGCCGCUCGACACACUUCUGAGACAGAGCUGUGACCAUAGACUGUAUAUAGAGUGGACGCCGUCUGCCUCCUCUCUGGGUGAAGCCACUCCGAGAACAGCACCCUCUGUUGAUGGGCUGCAGUAUAGGUCAUAAAUCCCGCCUCCGCCAGCAAAGCUCAUGGGGCUGUGGACCAACUUUGGAAAUUUAUUACACAGAACAUAAAUUUUUCUCCCCCCUGCUUGCGAUGUUGACAUGUAGUUAUUGUAAGACUGGUAUGUGGUCAAGUCCUCUUUUUUCUUUGAAACUCCGUUUUUAAAAGGUUAUUAGGGGGUUCAUGUUUGCUAUGAUUGACACCUGUUACAGCCUAUGGGUGUUCAGGGAUUGAGUAGCUCACCUGGGGGAUACGCUGUUUGAGCCGAGCGUCAUCACAGUGACUCUCUGCGACUGCGCGGCCAAAUGCGCACAACGCGACUGCACAACGCUGGUUUCAGGAAAUGAAGAAAAAUCCCGGAAAUACCGAGAGCUUUUUGGCUUCAAAUCUGUAUACAGGCAGUAGGCAGAACCAGGUUGUCCAUAGUAUAUACAGUCUAUGGCUGUGACAUGUUCUAUGUGCGAUGCUGAACUGAUUAGCAUGGCAACCUAUUUGCUGCGUGAUACGAGACGCUGACAGAACGCACUCAACACAGAUCCUGUAUGUUUUAGGCUUGACAUUUGGUAGACCAAGAUGCAAUUGAUAUGACUGUAUUUCUGCAGAGAUGAAAAAUAUAAAUAAGCCUGUGUCAAAUUCUGAUAUUCAGAUUUGCAUGCCUGUAUUUGUUUGUUGUGUUUUGCUGUAAUGUGAGACUCUAUUAUCUGCGUUGUGAUGCUGUGUGAAAAGAGUUUAGACAGCCAGAACCUGUCCUGUAUUUUGUAAUCUUUGUAAAGAUGUAAACAUUAAAUAAAUCAUUAUUUUUGAUCAAUUA